CGUAAAGCCCCACAUCAUCAUCAUCAUCUACCAGUACAAACUUUUUCAAUCUGUACAAUCAAUCAAUCAACACAUUUUACAUUUGAAUCAUCCCCAACAUUCUUCUUUAAUUUUUUCAAUAUAAUAACAAUGCCAUUAAUUAUUUUUGGAUCUGAAAAACACCCAUUUAUUUAUUUUACAAAAAGAUGAAAACUUUGUGGAUUUUUUAAGUUUUGGGUUGGUGGGUGUUUGAGUUUUAAAGAAAUGGGAUCCAGUAGUAGUAAAUCUAUUGAUCCUGUAACGGCGGCGACAGCGACGGUGGUGGGUGGUGGUCGCCGGAGUUAUUCAAGAAAUGUUUUUCAAAGUUCUUGUACCCGACCCGCAUCCGGAUCUUCGGAUUCCAGUGAUGUUGAUGAUGAUGAUGAUGACGAUAAUGUGGAUAUUGAUGAUCAACAGGUAUCUGAUCAUCGGAUAAAAGAAAAUGGUAUUGAGGGAAAUCGUUCAACUAGGGGUACGUCAAAGUCAAAAAGCAAGACGGUCAGAAACAAUAAUGAUAAAGUGAAACGAGGGGAUAAAAGGGUUUGCAUACCUUCUGAAACUCAACUUGGUGAAUGGGGUGAAUCAAGUUUGAGUGGUAGUGUAUCUAGGAAUGGGAGUGGUUCUUCUCGCAAUCGUUCUAGUCGUUUUCUUUCUCAUUUUAGUUUUUUUCCGGGCAGUGUAAGCUCUCGUUCAUCAAGGGCAUAUCCGGAAUCUUCUACAAGCUCCAUUAUUUCAAAUGAUGAUGAUCAUCAGUCUGGUCGUUAUGGGACUAAAACUAAAACACGUCAAGGUUGUGAGCUUUUUCCAUCAUGUUUCAUGCCAUCAUCUCCUGGACCACGAGAUGACGAUUCCGAUUCUGAUUCUGAUAACAGUGAUGUUAGUUCUAUACAUGAUUUGGGUCGAAAUAGCAAUUACAAUGGAUUGGAAUCCAAUGGAAACCUAUUUUCUCCAAGAAAUGGUAAUAGGCGAAUGGAAGCCCGAGAGCCUGUUGAACAAAAUGUUAGGUUUAGCAGAACUUUAAGCGUUGGAAGACUUCGUGAUAGAGUUCUUCAUAGACCAACAUUUCCUGAAUCAGCAUCUUUCCCCUUGCAAUCUGAACGAGACGUGGUUAGUGGUGGUGAAGUUCGUGAAACGGGAUCACAUUUGUCUAAUGAAAAUUUGAUGACACCCACAACCUCUUCUAAUUAUUCUUCAUCCACCGUGUCUAACUCUUUAUAUGGGAGUCAUGAUUUUGAGGUUGAAGUUAGGAGUGCAAGAGAAAUGAGUUAUACUAACCUUUUGGAACAUAGGGCAAACUUUCUUGAAAGAAGAAGAAGAAUAAGGUCACAGGUACAUGCCUUGCAAAGGAUGGGAAGUCGUUUUGAGAACCUGUCUGGUCAUGAAAGGUCUUGUAUUUUGUCUGGUCAACACCGGACGGGACAUUGCUCAUGUCGUCUCAAUAAUCAAGAUCCAAAUGACGGGAACAAUGCUAGGGGUAGCAUAUCAAGAAUUGUUCUAUUGGCAGAAGCUCUCUUUGAGGUUUUAGAUGAAAUUCACCAGCAAUCUGUAGUUUCUUCUUCCCGGCCUGCACUGUCUUCAAUCGGGUCGGUUCCUGCUCCACUUGAAGUUGUGGAAGCACUCCCUGUUAAACUAUACUGCAAGCCAUCCAAGCAUUUAAAUGAAGAUGAUGCACAAUGCUAUAUAUGCCUUGUUGAAUACGACGAUGGAGAUGAAGUUAGGGUGCUCCCGUGCCAUCAUGAGUUUCAUAGAUUAUGUAUUGACAAAUGGCUAAAGGAAAUUCACAGGAUUUGCCCGUUAUGUCGUGGAGAUGUUUGUAUAACUGGCUCAUUGCUAGCUGAGAGUUCACAUUUAUAAAGACACUUUUUUCUCAUGGAUCAGCAAAAGCAUGCUUGGAAAUUGAGAUACUGCAGCCUACAUCAGGGUGAAAAAAAGCUAAAUAUUGACCUUAACUUUUCUGAUCAUCCGUAGGGAGUUCGGUCCUUUUCUACCUCUGAUAAUUGGUCUGUGGUUUACAAAUUCCCAUGAUAACUGUUGUAGAAAAUGAUGGAACUUUUUAUGCCAAGCAUUUCGCUGCCAAAAUUCUUGAAGAAUAAGAGUGAGAAUGAGAGUUUAGUGCUUCUCUACUAGAAGCUUUAACGGAGAUGUGUGUUGUAUUAUGUUGAUUGUAUUCUUUUAAAUCUUAAUUCUUAAAUGACUACCGCUUUCUUCUUUUUGUGACA